CCGCAAUCACAUCCGAACGAUUACUACCGCAGAGAACAUCGCCGGUUCUCAUAUUCCUACGUACAUGAACAGUUGUUCGACUUUGAACAUUCAUACACAAUCCAUUCGUUCUUCGUAGCACCAGUAAGAGCGUGCUGCCCUCUCUCCUUCCUUUUACCACUUCCAGAUUCAAAACAACAUGGGUAAAAAGCGUGUUCUCAUCUCUUACGGUGUCGAUGUCGACGCGGUUGCAGGAUGGCUAGGAUCAUAUGGCGGAGAAGAUAGCACAAGCGACAUCAGCAGGGGUCUCUUUGCUGGUACAGUUGGAACGCAGCGUUUGUUGAAGCUUUUCAAGAAGUAUGACAUCAAGACGACAUGGUUCAUUCCUGGACACAGCUUGGAGACGUUUCCAGAAGACAUGGCGGCUGUGCGAGAUGCAGGUCACGAGAUUGGUCUCCACGGCUACAGCCAUGAGAAUCCUUCGGACAUGACGAUGGAGCAGCAGAAGGAUGUGCUCGAUAAGACGUACCGCAUGUUGACAGAGUUUGUCGGAAGACCACCACGAGGAAGCGUAGCACCUUGGUGGGAAACCAGCCAAGAAGGUGCCGAGCUGCUACUAUCAUACGGCAUCAAGUAUGAUCACAGCAUGAGCCACCAUGAUUGCCAGCCAUAUUAUCUCAGGACUGGCGACACUUGGACCAAGAUUGACUACACGAAGAAGGCCCAAGAGUGGAUGAAACCACUCGUUGCAGGCCAGGAGACAGGUCUGGUCGAAAUUCCUGCCAAUUGGUACAUUGACGACCUACCACCUAUGAUGUUCAUCAAAGCCUCAGCAAACAGUCAUGGUUUUGUCAAUGCACGAGAUAUCGAGGAUCUAUGGAAAGAUCACUUUGAUUAUUUCUACAGGGAAUACGAUGAGUUCAUUUUCCCGAUUACAAUCCAUCCUGAUGUCUCUGGAAGGCCGCAUGUCUUACUCAUGCAUGAGAGGCUUAUUGAGCACUUCAAGAAGCACGAGGGGGUUGAGUUCGUCACUAUGGAGGAAAUGGCGGAUGACUUCCUGAAGAGGAAUGCUCCACCAGAGGGGGCGCUGAUGCCCGCCGAAGAAGGAUCCAAACUGAAACAAUAAACAUGUGAAUAGCACGAAUAAAUAC